UACAUGUGCCAUGCUGACAGCCCUGUCGAUCGAGAGAUAUAUCAAGAUUAUUGUCGACCCCAAGAAGUCGGCCAAGUUCCAGAGAACGAGGGUCGCUGUGAUAUCAUGCAUCGCCGUCUGGACAGUUUCACUUAUCAUCUGCGCCCCCGUCUUCUACGGCAACUACUCCGAUGCUGCGAGCGCUUACUCCGAUCCGCAGUACCGCGUCGCCGUCAUCAUCUCGUUCGUCUUCUCCUACAUCGCCCCGCUCGUCAUCAUCACCAUCAUCUACUUCCUCAUCAGGCGCAAGCUUCGAAAACGCGGCUCCUCCAUCAAGGUCAAGAACCGAGAUGCGUCGUCGUCGAAGGAUUCGACCACGGCUUCAAAGGCCGAGGACGAUCACGACUACGAGCUCAAGAUCUUGAAGACGGUCUGUUUCAUCGUCAUCAUCUUCACCUUCAACUUCGGAUGCCUCUACAUCACGAGUAUAGUGCUUAUGAUACUUCCUCUGGAUAAGCUCACGGAAGAGAUCGUGGUUCAAGUCAGCGAGACGAUCGCCAUCAUGACCGCCAGCAUUCACCCGAUCGUCUACGGGAUGACGCACCCGAGCUUCAAUCCUCAUGUCAGACGCCUCAUCCUCUGUCGCGAAGAAUGCUGCCUUCGAUGCCGCCGAGGCGAGUGUGAUUGCAGCCGAUGUUGCCGGGGCGGUCGACCAACAUCGCUCCGUAGCGUCAUGAGGAAACAGAGUACCCUGGACGGCACCGUCAAUGCCAAUGACGAGUUCGUUCUAGUCGAGCGGUUCGAGGCAGAGCAAUCAAGUCAGCGACAGGAAAAUAUAUGAUGUCGUGUGUGUAUAGCUAUACAAAAUGACUUUUGAACGUUCUUCCGUUAUAAAUAUAACUAACUCUUAGUGCUUUAGUUUUUACUGUGAUGGUACAUGACUGUACAUGUAUAUGGAUUAAUCUGCUGUCUUUACUCAUUUGAGGUUGGCCACUGUCUUGUGCUACGAUUAUUAAUCUUGGAUUUCGCGAUCUUCUAACUUUUCGUUUUAAUCGUCAUUUUUAAAAAGUCAUGGAUCCUCGUCUGUUUGGACAUAUAUAUUUAUAAUGAGAUUUUGUUGUUGUUGCAAGUUUAGACUGUUAUUAUUAGAUACCGAAACAUAUUAUCGUAUCAUUCAAAUUAAUUAAUCUAUUUUAAUUCAUCUAUUAGCUGAUCUUGCAAAGUAGUUAGUAAUUUGACAUGAUUAAUAAACAGAAUUACAAACAACCUUUCGUUAUGAUAGAUAGCUGUUUUAAUACGUUUGGUUUUAUUUUCGGUAUAAAAACAUACAGGUGAUUGAAAGGGACAUUAAAAAAAAAAACAUAUUUUGGGGUUCUUUCCUUCCUUUGAAACAUUUUAUUUGUUACUGUGUAAUCACCAAUUGCGCCAUGCUAAAUGGUAACAACCUUUGCGCAUAUAAAAUACCAGUCUUCUCACAAUUGCUCUUUCCACGUUUUUCUUUUAGUUCCCUUCUUCCCAUAACAUUUUUCUCUCCUACUAUUUUAUGUCGUUAGGUCAUAUUCAAUCUACCCCUUACUCUUUCGCUCUCUCUCCCUUUCUCUGCAUCUAUCAACACACAUUCUAUCUCUCCUAUCUCUUCCUUCUCCUUUCACUAUUUCGGCUACAUCUCUUUCUCUGUCCGCUUCUCAUUUUAUUCUCUCGCGCUGAUUAUGACGCAAAUAUCUCAGAACAUCUUCUGUUUCUCUCUUCAUUCAUCAUAGUU